GAACAAAGAACUAGCCAAAAGAACACCGGGGAAUAGUUCACAUCUGUUCGUUGGGUAAUUUUAUUCAAUAUCUAACCGUUAAAUGCAGCAACUGCGGCAUAUUGCGAUUCGUGGCCUGGCCACAAGGCGAUUCAAUUGCACCCAAGCUAAUAGAGAUAUCUACGAUGUGAUUGUCAUAGGCGGCGGGCAUGCCGGCACUGAGGCCUGUGCAGCUGCUGCACGGAUGGGCGCUCGCACGUUGUUGCUCACCCAUAAACUGGACACAAUCGGUGAGAUGUCGUGCAAUCCAUCGUUUGGUGGCAUCGGCAAGGGACAUCUAAUGCGCGAAGUGGAUGCCCUCGAUGGUGUUUGCGCCCGCUGCUGCGAUGUGUCUGGUGUCCACUACAAGGUGUUGAAUAAGCGACGUGGUCCAGCUGUUUGGGGACCCAGAGCCCAAAUCGAUCGCCAGCUUUACAAGCGGGCGGUGCAACGGGAGUUGUUCAACACAGCAAAUCUAGAGAUCCGAGCGGCAGGCGUCGACAACUUACAAAUCGAUGUGGAUGAGAGUAGUAGUAGCAACACACGAUGCAGUGGGGUGCUUCUAGAGAAUGGAGAACUAGUACGCAGUCGUGCUGUAGUCCUCACCACGGGCACAUUUCUGCGGGCGCACAUCAACAUUGGGCUGGAAGUGCGGGAGGCGGGGCGAAUGGGUGACAAGCCGGCCAAGGCGCUCGGCGAGGCACUAAACCGACUAAACUUUCGCAUGGGACGCCUAAAGACUGGAACACCGCCUCGGAUUGCAAGGAGUAGCAUAGACUUCACACAGCUGGAGAAGCACGCGGCUGAUGAUCCGCCCGUACCGUUCUCGUUCCUAAAUGAUGAGGUGUGGCUGCCAGCCUCGGAGCAGAUGCCUUGUUACCUGACCUACACAACGCCUCGAGUAGAUGAGAUUGUGCGUGAGAAUAUGCACCAGAAUCGCCACGUCACGGAGGAGGUGACAGGUCCGCGCUACUGUCCAUCAAUAGAGUCGAAGGUGUUGCGCUUUGGUGCCAGGGUUCAUCAGGUUUGGCUAGAGCCCGAGGGCUUCGAUAGCCCUCUGUGUUAUCCACAGGGCAUCUCGUGCACCCUUCCCCAUGCCCAGCAGGUGGAAUUGGUGCGCGCUAUCAAGGGAUUGGAGAGUGCUGAGGUGGUGCAGCCUGGCUAUGGUGUUGAAUACGAUUUUAUAGAUCCUCGCGAGCUGUAUCCCACCCUGGAGACGAAACGAGUGUCGGGCUUGUUCUUUGCCGGUCAAAUAAAUGGCACCACAGGCUACGAAGAGGCUGCUGCCCAAGGUAUUAUAGCUGGAGCUAAUGCUGCGGGCAAAACUCUAAGCCAGAAUGGCCAACAGCUGAGCAUAAGCCGCACAGAGGGCUACAUUGGUGUCUUAAUCGAUGAUCUCACCUCGCUGGGCACCAAUGAACCCUAUCGCAUGUUCACGAGUCGAGCCGAGUUCCGGUUAUCUUUGCGGCCGGAUAACGCCGACAUGCGACUCACUGAGAAGGGCUACAAGUUUGGGCUGGUCAGUGAGAAGCGCUAUCAGCAUUUCCAGCAGACGGAGCAGAAACUCAAAGCCGGCAUUAAGUCGCUGAAGGGUCUGCAGAAGCACAGCAAUUUCUUUCGUCAGGCACUGGGUCUGCCACAGACCAAGGCUUCCAUACAGAAAUCGGCCUUCGAUAUGCUUGCCGUGCCAGCUGACAAUAUAACAGUGGAUCAACUGAUUGACUUAUGUCCCGGCGAGCUGAGCUGGCUGCGUACGGAUGGCGACAUUUCUGCCCGACUGAAAAUCGAGGCACUUUAUUCGUUCUUUGUCGAUGAGCAGCAACGUGAUGUGGAGGAUGUGCGGCGAGAGGAGCGUCUCUGCAUACCCACGGACAUUGACUACUUCUCCAAAUCACUCAGCCUGUCCAAUGAGGAGCGCCAGAAAGUCACGCUUAUACAACCGCAAACAAUUGCCGCCGCCAGUCGUAUUCAGGGUGUGACGCCGUCGACCAUCUUAAGGAUACUUAAGUACGUAAAGAAGGAGGAUAGCUUACGGGCAUAAUAACAUCCUUGUUACCUAGAUUUGUAGUCACACAUAUUUCUAAACAUUGUUCGAAUAAAAUACGUGCAAUUUGCCCUGUUUUCGCUAGUUUUCAUAGUACUGCGAAAAAUAAAGAUUUGUAUUUUCGAUUUUACAAAAAUAUUCGAUGGGAUUUGCCGUUUAGUUGAAAUGCAAACAAAAGUCGAGGUUAGUUUUUAAUCUCUUACGUACAGUUUAUUCAAUAAAAUCAUAAAUGCCUUAA